UCAGAUGUUGAUUUUACACUAGAUUUGAAAGUUAUUUGCAUAGAUCUCUAUGUUAAUGGUCAUUAAUUGCGUCAGCCACUACUGAGGAAAAAGAGGAAGAUGUAAAACUGGUGUAUUGUGUCAUUUUCUGCAUACGUUUCAGUAAUUGUUACAGUGGAGCACUGUACUCCUGACCAACAAAAGGUUCAGAUGCUCCAUAUACAGAGGACUUCUCUAGCUUUUAAAAUAUGGUUGAGCCAUCCUUAAAUAGCAAGAUGGGUGUAGCUGAGACAAUCAUCUUUUUUGUCUUUAUCUUACAAGGUUAUGUUUUCAUCAUACCAUCAUUACUGUGUGUUGUGAAUCAUCAAAGUGUUUAGCAUGUAUUGAAAAAGUAGGCCUAAAUCAAUUUACUUAUUUUAUUAUGUAGUUUUUGGAAAGUAAUAUGAACAAAUAUCAUUUUACAAAGAAAUCUGUUACAAUGUGAUCAUUAAUGUUGCUUUGAUUAUAGUAAUUUAAUCAGAAAUGCUACACUGUAACGGUGUAAUCAGCUCUUGCUUCUAUUAUGCAUUGUUCAGUUAUGAGUAACCUGCUAGCGCUCCUGAAAGUUGCUUUAACAUUUACAAAUCUUGAUGGUUUUACUGAUUCAGUUUAAUUCCUCUUCAUGAAGUAUUUAAGUAUAGUUUACAACAGUGUUGGGGAAAGUUGCUUUGAAAAGUAAUGAAUUACAACAUCAAGUUACUCCCCAAAAAAGGAACUAAUUGCGUUACUUAAGGGUUGUGUACACCAAAACUUAUAAACGCGGCUGAAAACGCCUGGACAACGCCAAAUGCCAGCUGUUUUUCAGCUGAGUGCCAGCUUUCUUCAGCUAAGCGAUUUGGUAGCUCUGACACGUCAGCUGUGAAACGGUUGGUUGCUAUGAUACUUGUCCGCCCCACAUUCACUGUGAUUGGACGGCCGCGUGAGAACUGACAUUGACGAGCGGAGCUUUUCUUCCAAAGUUGAACAUUUCUCAACUCUCGGCGCUCAGCGCUGAGCACGGAAAAACCGCUGGGCGCCAGUUUUCAGCGCGGAAGAAAACCGCUAGCUGCUGGCUUAUUUGAAAAACUCUGAGUUUCCAUUGAAAUGAAUUGAAAACAUGCGCCGCCGCGGGCGUAAAAGCAUUGGUGUGCACGUCCCCUUAGUUACUUUUCAUGGAAAGUAAUACUUGCGUUACUUUUAAGUCACUUUUUCGUUACUUUUUCCUGUUGAUGCUUGAUCUCUUUCAGGGCUUGCUGGUGUUUUAUGACUGAGAAGUCCUUCAUUCAAAAAUUGCAUAUUUCAUCACAAAAUGUCAAGCUCUGGCCUGCCAUCUCAGUUUCUGACUCAAACCGUGCCCGCUCAGGCUAUAUUCAGUUUAAUUCAGUACAUUCAUUUUUUUUUAUUAAACUGAAAAGUAACUUGUAUUAAUAAAAAAAAUACUCAAAUAUGAAUGUGUACAUGCGUUACUUUACUCAUUACUUCAGAGAAGUAAUAUUAUUAUGUAAUGCACGUUACUUGUAAUGCGUUACCCCCAACACUGGUUUACAAGUAAUCAUUUAAUGUAAAGGUGACUUGUUUCAAUCAUGUGGAACCAGUGUCUAUGACUGAAUCAUGCUGAGCAACAGACUUAAAAUUGCAGUUAAAAUAUUUGUGAAUAUUAGAAAUAUGGCUACAGAAAUGUAUUUGUGCAUUUUUUUUGCUCCAGCUUCAUGUUUGUAUAUUGCAGGUGUUUGGUGUGGAUAUUGGAGCAUCAGUCUGCCAGAGAAGAUUGAAGCUCUGAGUGGAUCCUGUGUGACCAUAAACUGCACAUUUGAUAUUAAUAGUGAAUAUGACAAUGAUCUCACUGACAGUGCUGCAGGAAUGUGGUAUAAAUAUGACAAUUUAGUGUUUGACUCCAGAAAUCCCAGUUACAAUUUUAAAGGGAAAAUUAUUGGAAAAUUAAAAAGCAAGGACUGUACAACCAUCUUUUAUGAUGUUACUUCAAAUCACAGAGGUCAAUUUUUCUUCAGGAUUGAGGGUAAUGGUGGACUGAAAUGGAUCUAUAAACAAAAAUCUGCUUUAAUAGAUGUGAUCGACUCUCCCCGCAAUCCCACAUUGCAGAUGUUUAAGGAUGCGAUGGAGGUUCAGGUUCAGGAGGAGGUGUUAGAGGGGAGCUCUAUGUGUCUGCGCUGCUCUACUAAGACUCUCUGCUCCUCUUCUCCACCAACUCUCACAUGGAGCUCCACUGACAGACUCCACCUCAAUGAUAGCAGCAGACUACAGCUGGAUCAACAGAAUCAAACUGAGAUCAUCUCUGAUUUGAACUUCACUGCUACUCACCUUCAACAUGGAGUCACUUUCAUCUGCACUAUAACCUACCAGCUACAGCAGAGGAACAUAACAGCACAGAACAACAUCACAUUACGUGUUCAGUAUGCUCCUAAAAACACAUCAUUGUCUGUGUUUCCAUCUAACUCUGUACUGGAGGGCAGUUCAGUGACUUUGAACUGCAGCAGUGAUGGAAAUCCAGCAGUGUUCAACUACACCUGGUACAGAGAGAAUGGGGGACAGCUGGAGGAGCUGCAGACUGGAGAUAAUCUCACCUUAAAUGUGACUAAUCGUACACACACAGGACGCUACUACUGUACAGCCAGAAACCAACAUGGCACCCAAAAUACAUCAAUGUUUUUGGACGUUCAGUAUUCGCCUAAAAACACAUCAGUGUCUGUGUUUCCAUCUAAACCUGUACUGGAGGGCAGUUCAGUGACUUUGAUCUGCAGCAGUGAUGGAAAUCCAGCAGUGUUCAACUACACCUGGUACAGAGAGAAUGGAGGACAGCUGGUGGAGCUGCAGACUGGAUCUAAUCUCACCUUCAAUGUGACUGAUCGUACACACACAGGACGCUACUACUGUCAAGCCCAAAACCAACAUGGUACCCAAAACACAUCAGUGUUGCUGGACAUUCAGUAUGCUCCCCAAAUCUUUGAUUUUUUCAGCUGUACUCAUGGGGAUGUUAAAGUUUUUACAUGUGAGGUUCACGGGAAUCCCUCUCCUAAAGUGGAGUGGUUUCUAUCAGGACGUCCUGUCAGUAACUCUACAAACACAUUCAUCAGUGAGAAGCGAUUGAGCAGCACAGACUUGAGGAGCUUCAUUUCUCUCCAUCAGUCACUUACACACACAGACACUCUGCAGUGUGUCAUCAUCAACACUCACGGCAAAACCAGUAUAGAGUUUCAUCUCUUUCAAGAGACUGCAUGGUUCAAUAAUAACUCCUUGCUGGUUGGACUUGCUGUUGGGGCUUUAGUUACGGCGCUCUUAUGCCUCACAAUAUACAUGUACAAUAGAUGGAUCUGCUGGACCAGACGAGAAGAUACAACUGGACUCAUUCUGGACGAUAAGGCUAUUCAACAGGAGAAUGACGAACCAGUUUAUGGCAAUAAAGUUAUGCAGUCACCUGCUAGAGACACUACACUGGAUUACCCAGAAUCCCUCCAAUAUUCGACCAUUGUCUUCAAAAACAAAUCAACAGCAUCAGGGGAGAACAGGGGUGCCUCCUCACUUGUCACAGACUAUGCUGUGAUAAAACAUGGUGGUGUUCUGGGUGCAGAUGCAGAUAUCAAGCACGUUGAAUCAAAGAGCAGAAAUAAAUCAGCACCAGACAAUGAUGACCUCUAUGCAAAAAUACAACAUCGCCACUCAUAGUUACUAGUAGGUAUUAGUUCGCUUAAAUUUCUAUAAUACACAGAUUAUAAUGGAUUAUACAGUUUAAAAGGUGUCUAAAUAUGGUUUGUGUUUAUAAAAGUAAAUCUAUACUCAUUUUCUUUUUAUAAAACAGUAUUCAACAGUGUAUCGACUGCUUUAUGUUUUAAAACCUAGAGGCUUAUUUUGCUUUCAUCUAUGAUUACAUUUUCAAUACAUUUUAUAUGUGUAAUCAUAGAUAACUUUUUUGACAUUUAUUGUUUACAUAUUUAUUGUAUAUAUUUGUAUAUUUACUGUACACAUAUUUAAUCUUAAGUGAUACUGGUACUGUGCAAAAGUCUUAGAAAACCAUGCCAGAAUUAGAUUUUUGUUUUUGCAAUGUUAUAGUGAUCAUAUAUAAUUGUGUCUCAGUCUCUUUACAUAAAUACAGGAAAUGUGUUUAUAGUAUUAAAAACUGUAUAGAAAAUGUAAACCGAUGUUUCAAGUUUUUAGGGAAUACUCCUUUCACUUGAGCAAUAGCAGGAAACUGCAGGAUCUCUUAAACCUAAAUAAAAUUAAAUUCUAAUUUCUAAUUCUAAAGAAAUUAGUCUUUUUACUUCAUUCUGCUAAAAAACGCUUGAGAUGUGCACUGAAAAAAAUUAUUUAUUCAAUUUACUAAAUUUUUUUGCAGUAAGUGGUUGCAAUCAAUUUAUUAAAGCUACAUUUAAACAAACAAACAAAAAAAUAGUAAAAUAAAAUAAAAUAAAACUUUUGUUUAAAUGUAGCUUGAAUAAAUUAAUUGCAACCACUUACCUUAAAAAAAAAUGUACAUUGAAUUAAUCUUUUUUUAAUGUGUUUAAUGCCAAGAGAUGUCACACUAAACACCAUACAUUUUUUGUACAUAUUUCCUGUAUUUUCUGUUUGUAUCAUAAUAAAAUAGAUUGAAAAAUAAAUAUGGACAUUAAAACUUUUAAAACAACAAGUCUGGUGUUGCUAGUCUAAGACUU